CGCAUGCGUCGCUACCGAAAAAAAUUGUUUCAUUAUUCAGUGUGUUGGAUCAGCAUUUUUUCUUUGUUUUGGACAUCUCACGCAGAUAAGAUGAAUGAGGUGUUUGGAACUUCCACAGACUCACUGAGAGAGACUCCGAGCAAUCCAUGACUUCCAAGCUAUUAGUUAUUCCUGGCUCAGAAUCUUCACCCACAAUCAUGGCUGAGCAAAGAGCGCUUCACCAGGAACUGUCUGCUGAUCAUUCAUCCAAAGAACUACUACCUGUUGUCAUCAAGCAAGAAUUUCCUGACGAUGAUCACCCUUGCUCCAGCACGACUGAGGGAUCAUCAGGUUGGUCUAGCCAGGGAUGCUCAGGCCAGAUCCUCAAACAAAUGCUACUUGCCGCUCCUGGGUUAGGACAGCAAGGUUCAGCUCCAGGUACCACCCAUAGUGGUCUUCCAGGACAAUCUUCUCACAACUCUGUAGCAUCGGAAGACCCAGGUCAAGCUGAUCCCAGUAGCAAAGAAACUUUUUUCAUUCUCUCUUCAGGUGGUAUUGACGAUAUUAGUAAACAUCUUGGGAAAGGAGUUGAUACCCCUGUAGUUGGAGUCAUGGGCUCAGCUGAAAAUACAUCAACAAAAGUAGUGUCCAGUGGACCAGCUCUGCUUCCUCAGAGGGAGCCCGGGACACAGUGCGAGUACGGACAAUUACAGUCCCAUCAUCAAGAAUCACAUAGUCAGGGUGUGAUGCAAAUUGUCCCAGUAGUCAGCCGUUUUGGGACUUCCCUGCUUACAAAUAGGACAGUUGGCCUGCCGGAGCCCACCUUGCUAUUUGUUACUCCGGACGCCACACUGGAAGGAAUGAAGAAGGAUAGUACUGGAGGAGCUGUGAAUAGUCAGAGUCAUGUUGAACCCGUCAAGAGAGAAGGAGAUGAUCAAAGCAUGGAAACUGAAGCUGACUGGCGUUGGUACAAUUCAUCGCAGCAAGAAGGAGGAGGAUGGUUGGAGGAUGAAGAGGACAAGAAGGAGGAGGUGGAAAAGAAGAAGGUGAAAAAGAAGAGGGAUAAAAAGGAAAAGAACAAUGCCAAACUUGACAGUAUUCAUGAUGAUGAAGAUGACGAGAGCAUGGAGUUUACGAUAGGGGAUGUAGAAACGGAUGAUGAAGAUGAUUAUGAGAUAGAUGAUUAUGAUGAUGAGGAGGAGGAAAUAGAUGACUUUGAUGAAGAUGAAGAGGAGGAAGAAGAGAACCAAAUCGAUGAGGAGGAUAGCUUCCGAGAUUGGGAACUGGAUGAGAUAGAAACGGAUGAUGAUGAUGAAGACAGAGACAUGGAUGUUCCUCCGUUGCCUCAAGGCUUCUGGUAUAAGUUCUCCUCCGGUGACGGUGAAGAUAUAUCGGCACCCCACGAGAGAUUGAUCGUUGGCGAGUCGGAUCAGAGUAGAGCUAUCGUUGGAGUGACGGCCGAAGACAAGCCGAUUGUUGGGUCAGCUUCGAAGCAGAAGAUCGUCUUCGGAGUGACUGCAGAGGAGGAGAUCCCAGCGGAGAAGACCUAUGGACCCCUGGAGGGUUGUCUGGUAGCAGAGGAUGAGGGAUGUUUAUCACCAUCAUCUUGGGAGCUAUGCAUCAAAGGAAGCGCACUGCUUUACAUUGAUGGGGGCUCUGACUGGCUCUCUCACAUCCGGUGCACACGAAGCCCAUCUGAUCAGAACAUCGAAGCUCUACAACGCUAUGGAGAGAUCUACUUCAGAACUACAAAGUGCAUUGAACCAGGAAGUGAGCUGAGGGUUUUCUACAGCGAGGAGUAUUCGAAGCGUGUGGGCUUCAACACUAAACUCAAAGAUCUCACAUUUCACACAGAUUUGAAUGCAUAUUCCUGCCCCAAGUGUGAGAUUCACUACACCAAUCCCAAACUGAUGCUACGGCACAUCAAAUUAUCUCACCAAACCAAACAAUCAUUGACCGACCUUCGACCUCUCAUUACCUUGGAAACAAGACGUAAAGCGAGCAAUCAGAAGCCUUUGGAGAGAGCGCUGUUGAAUGAAGGAAAGAUGUACCGUGUAUACAGAGAUCAGGAGAUGAAUUUACAGGUGAAACCCAAAAAUCCGAACGAUAGAACAUCUACCAGGAAUCAACCUCCUAAGGGAAACCAUGAAAGGAACACGGAUGGGGGGCCUAACCCCACGCCAACGAAAGAGUUCCUUUGCAAAAUUUGUUCUAAGACAUUUCCCACGGAAGGCAGGCUGAGAGCUCACAAGGCGUUUCAUGAUCUUACGGAUGACUGCGAGGAAACGAAUACCCCCGAGAGUAGCCACGAAAAGAAUGUUGAGGAUCAUCAAAAAGCUGUGUUCCAGUGCGAGCUGUGUAAUAAGAUAUACCGAUCACAGGCCUCACUGGAUUCCCACAAGACGCUUAAGCACAUCAAGAAAAACAAGUACCACUCCUGCAAUGUGUGCCGGGUGAGGUUCAGGUACAAAAAACAGUUGAAAGAUCACAAAGCAGAGCAUUACAGAGAAAAAGUAAGAAGUCAAUUACAGUCUUUAUAUCGGGAUCGUUUGAUUGCGGAUCCUAGUCACCCUCAGAAGGACAAAGCGAAUAGAGUCGUAGAGGUCGAUGCGGGUGAAGGUAAAAGAGCAGGACGGUUGAUAGGAAAUAAGGAUGGUAUGAGCAACUCUGGUCAAGGUCAAAAGAUGGCACUACAGGGAGAAAAGACGAUGAAGAAUGUCAUUGACUCAGUCUGGGGAGAAAGGGAGGACGGAAAGCCGAGUAAAACUGGUAAAUCAAAGAAUGCUGUAGAUGUUUUUGAGGAAGGGAGUCAAUGGAACAGUCAGGUGACAGGUCGUGUAGUAGAACUUGAGAGUGAUCAUGCGACAAGAACUCGACCGAUAGUGCAAGAGAGAGAACUCUCAGUGAAUGAGAUUGUUGAUUCCGUGAUGAGGAAUGCUCAUGAACGUAAGGUUGACCAUCUGAAAAGAAGAAGGGAAGAGGGAUGGGUGGAAAAACCGAGAAAGGGAGGAGAUGAUGUGGUUGUUGUCAGUGAUGACAGUGGAGAUCAGCAAACAUUGCAGAUGAGAAAACAUGGAAAGGAACUAGAUCAAAAUCAUGUCAGAACUCAACAGAGGGCGCUGCAGAGGAAUAACGUGAUUAAAGGUAUAGGAGAGUCUGUGGGUGGAAGCAGGAAACAGUGUACAAAGGAUUUGUCCAGAGCAGUGGACAAGAGUACUUCACAGGAAGAUAGAGUGGGUGCUUCUAACAAUGACAUGCUUGGGAAGAGACCAAACUACUUUGAGAACUCUGAGUUGAAAUACAAAUGUAGACAUUGUUCGAGAAUGUACUCCUCUUUUUCAAUGAUGCGUGUUCACGAGAAGGAGAUGCACGGGGGCGAGUGUCGGUACAAGUGCCAGCAUUGUCCAAAGCAGUUCAUGGAGCGUUCCCGCUACGAAAACCACCUACAGAAACAUAAUACAGACAAAAUCUUCAAGUGUACAGAGUGUCCCCGCUCCUUCGCGUCUGAAAGUGCGUUGAGGAAUCACCAGGGGGAGCACACGGGCCUGAAGCCGUUCAAAUGCCCUCUCUGCGGGAAGGGCUUCGCGAGGCACGAGUUUGUCAACGCUCACAUACGGAGACUCCACCAGGUCGUGGAACUCAAGCACCCUUGUAAGCAGUGCAACAAGCGCUUUGCAACGAGCUGGGACUUGAAGAAGCACGAACGCCGACAUGCCGGGUACCGCCCAUUCAAGUGUGAGAUCUGUGGGAAUGCUUUCACCGCCAAGCAUUCGCUACAGUGUCACAUGCAAGCCGUCCAUGAGAAGUUGAAACCGUACCGUUGUGAUAUAUGUGGAAAGUGCUCUAGUCUCAGUCACCAUCACAAUGCUCAUCUAUUACAACAUAAGAAGAAGGGUGAAUAUAAACCAGAAGAUGUGCAUCAUACGACCAAAGACAUGUAAUUAUAAACCAGGGUGCUACCUAAGCACUUGCCCGUUUGCCCGGGGCAAGUAAAAGUUAAAGUCAGGCAAGUGUUUUGAAGUAAAGACCAAAACUACUUGCCCAAAAUGGGUAAGCAAAAAAUUCUCACAGAAUUACCAAAUUAGGGCCGAUAUGAUAUAUUGACCCUAAUUUUGGUCAUGGUGGGCAAGAUUAAAUCACUUAGGAAAAAAGGAAAUGCAAGUACAAGGUAC